AUAAAAAUUGUUUGUGGUCAAUGGAUAUUUGGUAAAAACAAAUGGUUAUUUGGUGUUGAUAAAGGAACGAGGAGUAAAGCUAUAGCUGUAGACGACAAAACUAGUUAUGAUGAUUUUGUUCAUAUGGUGAUCAAAGAGUACAAGGUUAAUGAGCAGAUUUAUGACGUCGAAUUGAGCUACAUGUUUCCAAAGAAAGUUUUGUUGACGUUACCCCACAACACACCACCUGUGGAUAUUAAAAAUCAGAGACAAUUCACUGGAUUUUUGGAACAGCUCAAGAUGGAAGCAAUGCAACUUUGUCUUGAACUUAAGGAACGAGUUUUAGAAGAAGACGAGGAUGCAAGUGAUGAUGAAGACGAAGGCUCUAUAUUUGAUUAUUGUGAUGAUUUAGAUGGCGCAUCUUCAGGUGACGAAGACUUUGCAUUGAAUGGGAUUCAUGCUGAAGAAGAAGAAAAGGAAGAAGAAGAGAAGAAAAAAAAAUUCACCUCCUAUGAAAAGUGGUUCCACAUCUGCAAGCGCUCCGGUAAAAAGGGGUAGUGAUCAUGUUAAGCUAGAAUUAGAUGCACUUAAUAUAGCUGUUGGACAAAGAUAUGAUACGAAAGAUGCACUGGAGACUAGGUUGAAGAUCUUGUCAGUCCUUCAUCAGUUUGAUUUUAGGGUAGAUAGAUCAGCGACAGAUAUAUUAACUAUUAAGUGUUGGGUAGAAGGAUGUACAUGGAGAGUACGAGCUACCCCAGUUGGUAAUUCUACUCAGUUUACCAUUCGUACACACGUUUCAGACCAUUCAUGUUCCACUACAGAACGUUCUGCCAGUGCCCGACAAGCGACUCCAGAAAUUCUUGCAAGACUAUAUGUGGACCAUGUUGGAGGUGUUGAUUCAAAAGUUCUCCCGAAACAUGUUGGAGAUGCCUUAAACAUGAGAUUUGGUGUCAAGAUGGAGUACUGGAAGUCUCAUCGGACACUUUUACGCGCACGAGAUAUUGUUAGAGGUUCUGCGGAGAGUGGAUACUCAGAGUUGCCCAUGUAUCUGUAUCACAUAAGAAAAGCAAAUCCUGGAACUUUCACACAUUUGGAAGUUGAUGAGGUUAACAGAUUCAAGUAUUUGUUCCUUGCAUUCGGUGCAAGUAUAACUGGAUUUCCCUACAUGAGAAAAGUAAUUGUCGUGGAUGGUACAUACCUUCAGGGAAAAUAUAAAGGAACACUACUGACGGCAACAGCUCAAGAUGGAAAUUUUCAGAUAUUUCCUAUUGCUUUUGCAGUUGUUGAUAGCGAAAAUGAUGAUUCUUGGGAGUGGUUUUUUCAACAACUAAGUAAGGUAAUUCCCGAUGACGAAGAACUGGCAGUUAUUUCUGAUAGACAUAGAGCUAUAGGUAAUGCUAUUGGAAAAGUGUAUCCUAAGUCUAGUCGAGGAAUUUGCACCUACCAUCUUUACAAAAAUAUAUUGCAACGGUUCAGAGGCGGUGAUGCAUUCAGAUUGGUUAAAAAAGCUGCAAGUGCUUUUACGUUGGCUGAUUUUGAUACAACAUUUGAAGAGAUCCAAGCGAUGAAUCCAGGAUUACAUAAAUAUUUGGAAACUGCUGAUAUACAAAAAUGGGCUCGUGUGCAUUUUCCUGGGGAUAGAUACAACUUAUUGACGACAAACAUUGCCGAGUCCAUCAACAAAGUCAUCUCAAGCUCAAGAACUUUGCCCAUUGUAAAACUCUUGGACGCAAUACGGUUAAUGAUGACAAGAUGGUUUACAAGUAGGAGAACAGCUGCAGGAACAACAAAGACAACCUUGACUCGUGGAGUUGAGAUACUUUUGGAGAAACGUGUACCAAAUGCCAAGAUGCUUACAGUUCAAUCAAUCGAUUUGCAUCAUUCACAAGUUACAACCGGUUCGUCUCUGCAUAUCGUUAAUUUAGCAGGAAGACAAUGUACAUGUCGUCGGUUUGAUAAGGAGAAAUUACCAUGUGUUCAUGCAAUUGCGGCGGCGGAAGCACGGAAGCUAAGCACCAUAUCACUUUGUCACCCCUAUUAUCACAGCUCAUACUUGUUGAACGCUUAUUCUACUUCCAUAAUGCCAAGAGAUGUUGCUUCACCAGUUCCAGAAAAAAUUACAACAAAGAUUUGCUUGCCUCCAGUUAUACAAGCACAACCUGGAAGACCUAAAAAGUCAAGGAUGAAGUCGGCUUUAGAGAAAGCCACUGAGAAAAAACGACCCAGAAAACAACAUUUAUGUUCAACGUGCCAUCAGUCUGGACAUAACUGUAAGACAUGCAAGAUUCAAGCUUAG